AUGUACCAACAACCAGGUUAUGAAGGUGAGCUAAUUGGAGCAGAUUCACCACCUUCACUUAGAAGGUCAACAAGGAUCAGAAAUCAAAAUCCCAAGUUUACCAAUGCUGCCAUUGUAGAAGAUGAAAAUGAAAAGGAACUAGAAACUUUUGAGAAAGCAUUCCAAAAUCCAAGGUGGAUUAAAGUUAUGGAAGAGCAAAUUUUUGUGCUACAACUGAAUCUAACGUGGGAGAUUGUGACAAAACCAGGGGCUGUCAAACCUAUUUUUUGCACAUGGAUUUACAAGAUAAAGUGUCACACAAAUGGAUCAAUGAGAGGAUAUUGUGAAGAAGAAAUUCUCCUAACAAAGGAUAAUUCAUCAGUACGCUUCCUGAUGAAGGAACUUGGACAACUCAACAAUUUUCUUUGCUUGGAGGUUGAUCGCAAUGAAGAAGGAAUGUGCUUGCAUCGACAAAAACAUUCCAAGGAUUUAUUAAAGAAGGCAGGGAUGCUCUAUUGCAAACCAACCUCAACACUGCUGGAUCUAAAUGCUAUGAUCUGUGCUCAUGAACGGAAAGACUUCGAAGAUGCAACAAUGUAUUGGCAAUUGAUGGGUAGUUUGAUUUACUCAACUUUAACAAGAACCAACAUCUCUUACGCAGUAGGUGUGAUCAUGCGUCCUCGUAGAGCUUACACAAGGAAUGCUAAUGCAGGCAAUGCUAACGCAACUCCUCCAGUCCCAGAUCAAGAAGUUUUGAAUGUAGAGUUUCAGAAUGCUAUUCAGCUUUUGGCUCAAAGUGGGACAAACCAGAACAAUUAA